UGGGAAAUCCAAACGAUGAGAAGCUGGUCUUGGUGAAUGUCAUUAAUCGUGUCAAUUGUAAACAAGCCCGUAUGGCGGCGCCGGCGCUGAGUCAUACAAUUGCGAUGUGGGCCGGCGCGGGGCAUUGUGCCGCCUCAAGAAGUGUAAUA